AUGUGGUUUAUCGCGCCAACACCAUUCGCACUAAAACACCGCUGUCCGGCUAUUGUGUUAGGAGGCUUCUCCCUCACAGCUGCUGUGUGCUGUGAGGUUGUGGCGUUAAAGCAAAGGAGAUAUAUUGUGAAAAUAUUAAAGAAGGGUAACUCGGGGGCAUUCAGCUGUAGCUGCAUACUCAUCGGUACAUUGCGAUGGUGGCCGAUGGCUUUGUUGGUAAGGGGAAGAUAUCACGAAGUUACGAAGAAAAUUCUAAAAAGGCAAAAAGGAGAAAAGGGGAAAAUUUUUUGCCACUGCGCCACGGCCGACGCAAUGAUAUUACAUGAAAGCCCACACCAUUAUUGCAAAUGGGCAGCUCGUGGAGGGAGUGAGGAUUGGGAUUAUUCUAACAGCUUUGUGGUUGUGUGUGCCGUGCUUUUGGAAAAUAUUGCAACCAAUGAAAGGGAAGGCGAGUGUCACCUUACUUUCCAUGCUGCGACAUCGACGCAUCACGAUUAUAUGCUAGUUGCCCUGCGAGGGAAGGUCGUGAAGGCGAAGGUUAGCUUCCGGUUUAAGGAAGUGUAG